AGAGAAAAAGAAAAAAGAGAGAAAAAGAAAAAAGAGAGAAAAAGACAAAAAAAAAAGAGAGAAAAAAAAAAAGAACCUUUUUAUAUAAAAAACCCAAAAAAAAUUCAAAAAGAAAAAUUAAAAAGCCCCCGUCGUCAACAUCAUAAUAACCGUAAUAAAAGGAGCCGGCGCGUUAGAGAGAUUUUUGAUCAUUAUUUUUUAUUAUUUUUUUUUUAUUUUUUCACCCCAGCUCUCCCUCCUCCCCCUUUUUUUUUUUUUUUUAAUUUUUUUUUUUUUUUUUUUUUUUGGUGGUGAGCGCCCGAGGUCUGCCCGGCGCGGAGCGGAGCGGAGCGGAGCGGCCGCAGCGGAUCGUCAGCCGUCAGGCGGCACCUGAGCGCCCGCCAGCCAUGAGAGCCGCACGCCGGGCGCCCUGAGCCGCCGGAGCAGCCAGCAGAGGCGAUUUGGGGAAAGGAUACUUGCCUCCGUCCCGCUGCUGUCUUGGAAACCAGAGGGGGAAGAGUCAGAGAGAGAGAGAGAGAGAGAGACAGGGAGAGAGGGAAGGAAGAAAGAAAGAAAAAAAAAAAAAAAAGGAAGCAAGGAGGGAGAGUUGAAUUUUUAUUAUUUUUUUUUUUUCCCGAUUUUUUUUUUUUUUCUUUUUUUCUCUCUCCUCGCUUUUUCAUGCUGAGUUACCGCAUCGCUUCGCUGAGAUCCAGCAAGCCGAAGAUUUUACCCGAUUGCUUCCAUUGCUGGCGACGCUGAGGGAUUUUUGCAUUUUUUUGGGGGAGAGGGGGGGGGAAACUUCGCGAUCCUUUCUUUUCACACUGGCCUUAAAGAGGAUAUAUUAGAAGUUGAAGUAGGAAGGGAGCGAGCAGGCCGAUGGCGCAAAGGUACGACGAGCUGCCCCACUACGGCGGCAUGGAGGGGGUGGGCAUCCCCACCACCAUGUACGGGGACCCCCACGGCGCCCGCCCCAUGCAGCCCGUGCACCACCUCAACCACGGGCCGCCGCUCCACUCGCACCAGUACCCGCACGCCGCCCACGCCAACGCCAUGCCCCCCGCCAUGGGCGCCUCCGUCAACGACGCCCUCAAAAGGGACAAAGAUGCCAUCUACGGACACCCCCUGUUCCCUCUUUUAGCACUGAUUUUUGAGAAAUGUGAAUUAGCUACAUGCACACCCAGGGAGCCCGGGGUAGCGGGAGGCGAUGUUUGCUCCUCUGAGUCUUUCAAUGAAGACAUAGCAGUGUUCGCCAAACAGAUCCGAGCAGAGAAACCCCUAUUUUCCUCUAAUCCUGAACUGGAUAACUUGAUGAUUCAAGCCAUACAAGUAUUAAGGUUUCAUCUGUUGGAAUUAGAGAAGGUACACGAAUUAUGUGACAAUUUCUGCCACCGGUAUAUUAGCUGUUUGAAAGGAAAAAUGCCUAUCGAUUUGGUCAUAGACGAUAGAGAGGGCGGAUCAAAAUCGGACAGUGAAGACAUAACAAGAUCAGCAAAUCUAACAGAUCAGCCCUCCUGGAACAGAGACCACGAUGACACGGCGUCCACGCGCUCCGGGGGAACCCCCGGGCCCUCCAGCGGGGGACACACAUCGCACAGCGGGGACAACAGCAGUGAGCAAGGUGACGGCUUGGACAACAGUGUAGCUUCCCCCAGCACAGGUGAUGAUGAUGAUCCAGAUAAGGACAAAAAGCGACAUAAAAAGCGUGGCAUCUUUCCCAAAGUAGCCACAAAUAUCAUGAGGGCAUGGCUGUUCCAGCAUCUAACACACCCUUACCCUUCAGAAGAACAGAAAAAGCAGUUGGCACAAGACACAGGGCUCACUAUACUUCAAGUGAACAAUUGGUUUAUUAAUGCUAGAAGAAGAAUAGUUCAGCCCAUGAUAGACCAGUCCAAUCGAGCAGUAAGUCAAGGCACACCCUACAACCCCGACGGGCAGCCGAUGGGAGGCUUCGUGAUGGACGGCCAGCAGCACAUGGGCAUCCGAGCGCCAGGGCUGCAAAGUAUGCCAGGGGAUUAUGUGUCUCGGGGUAGUCCAAUGGGUAUGAACAUGGGACAGCCAAGCUAUACCCCGCCCCAGAUGCCCCCCCAUCCUGCUCAGCUGCGUCAUGGCCCCCCCAUGCAUACCUACAUUCCUGGACACCCUCACCACCCAGCGAUGAUGAUGCAUGGAGGACCACCCCACCCUGGAAUGCCCAUGUCAGCAUCAAGCCCCACAAUGCUUCAUACCGGCGAGCCGGCAGUGAGUGGACAAGUGAUGGACAUUCAUGCUCAGUAGCUUAAGGGAAUCCGCGUUGUCUGCAGCGGCGGUAGAUUUCAAACAUUGUCUUUCUGCAAUGACUAUGGAGUUCCGUUCUUGGCGUCGACUUUGGACCAAGGGACGUUCCUAUUCUUCACAGGGACCCUGACAAGCAGGAAAACACCAACUGAAGUCAACUUCUGGGGACAAGCUAAAUACCUAUAUAAGACAUUAAGAGAACAAAGAGUGAAAUAUUGUAAAAUGCUAUUAUACUGUUAUCCAUAUU